AAGGAGAAGAGAGACCACGUACGAAAGGAUGGCGAUCAAGGUGACGAAGACGGAGAAGAAGGUGCAGUACGACAAGAAGCUGUGCAGGCUGCUGGACGAGUACUCGCAGAUCCUGAUCGUGGAGGCCGACAAUGUCGGGUCGAAGCAGCUCCAGGACAUCCGAAAGGGGCUGCGCGGCGACUCGGUGGUGCUGAUGGGGAAGAACACCAUGAUGAAGCGAUCCAUCCGCCUCCACGCCGAGGCCACGGGAAACGACAGCUUCUCCAAGCUCGUCCCUCUCCUCGUGGGGAACGUGGGAUUGAUUUUCACCAAGGGUGACCUCAAAGAGGUUAAAGAGGAGAUCGCCAAAUACAAGGUGGGAGCUCCUGCUCGCGUGGGUCUGAUUGCUCCAAUUGACGUCACUGUCCCUCCAGGCAACACUGGACUAGACCCCUCUCAGACUUCCUUCUUUCAGGUGCUGAACAUCCCGACCAAGAUCAACAAAGGCACGGUGGAGAUAACGACCUCAGUUGAGCUAAUCAAGAAGGGCGAGAAGGUGGGAUCGUCGGAAGCCGCGCUCCUCUCCAAGCUCGGCAUCCGACCUUUUUCCUACGGCCUCAUCGUCACCUCCGUCUACGAUGACGGCUCCGUUUUCAGCCCCGAAGUCCUCGACCUCACCGAAGACGACGUCGCUCUCAAGUUCGCUUCCGGCGUCACCAACCUCACUUCCCUCUCGCUGGCCGUCUCGUACCCGAGCCUCGCCGCCGCGCCGGCCAUGUUCGCCGCUUCCUACAGGAACGUGCUCUCCGUCGCCGUCGCCACCCAGUACAGCUUCCCCCAGGCCGAGGACGUCAAGGAGUACUUGAAGGACCCAAGCAAGUUUGCAGCUGCGAUGGCGGCCCCGGCAGCACCAAGCGGCGGAGGAGUUGCCGCCGGUGGAGCUAAGGAGGAGAAGAAGCCGGAACCAGAAGAUGAAUCGGAGGAUGACGAUGUCGGCAUGGGUGGCCUUUUUGAUUGAGCUGCACGCGCAAGGUAACCAUUGAGCUCGUAGCUAGUGCAAAUUAGCAAAUAAUUCACUGGCAGAAACAGAGGCGAUACUUUGGUUUUGGUUAUGGUUAAGACCGUAUAUUACCUGCAAUGCGAAGUUGAUGUCAGCUUCGUCUACUGUUAAGGUCACCCUCUUCAGUUUAUCGUCACCUCGAGACUGUCCUAGUUUCACUAGUCCCUGUAGUGAUAAAGAGUACACCUUUAGUCACUGGUUUCGAUGAGAAGGCUAGCAAUGAAAGUUGUGUUGUAUGAUGGAUGUGUUAAUGUUAAUAUGUCACUUGCCUGGUCAUUCAGCACUCUGCACAUACUCAGAAACUCGGAAAUUCCAACCGGUGGGAUCAUUCUUGAUUUGCAAGUCUCGACAUAAGAUUUGUUCAGCU